GAUUUAUAUAAAUGGCGUAUUCAUUUUUAUUAAAACAGUUUUAUAAUUCAAUAAAAUGCCAAUAGAGUACGUCAGACAACGAAUCAUGUACACCAUCUAGUAGAGAAAUUAAAAAUCUUAAAGUCGAAACUCAGAAUAUUUAUUAAAAUACUUGUGAAAAUUAUAGAUCUGUAGAUAGUGAAUUUACUUAUUAAAUAAUUUACCUUAUAUUUGUUACAAUUUAUGAUAUAAAUUCGUGUGAGUGAUUGUAAGAAUUGAGAUUUUUAUUAAAUAAACAACUGUUUAACAUCAUAUGAAAAUGGCAGAUACAGCAUCAAGCAAUUCAGUACACAUGGAAAAAGGUUGGGGUGCUUUGAGACAACAUAUCAUUGACAAUAAGAUUAAAGCCGCAUUAUGGGUUACAAGACUUUUCACUAUUAUAUUUACUAUUGGUUAUAUUAUUCAAAUAUUUGGCAAUCCUUAUAAUAUUUAUUAUAAAAUAUUAAUGAAUAAUGCAGCUACUAGUGCAUUACGUCUUCAUCAAAGAGUACCACAUGUUCAACUUAAUAGACAAUUUUUAGAACGUUUAUUUGUUGAAGAUUCCUGUCAUUAUUUAUUAUAUUCUUUAAUAUUUCUUUAUACAGCUCCUGUUACAUUGGUAUUAACUCCUAUAUUUUUAUUUGCAUUAAUGCAUUUUGCUAGUGAUUCUCUCACAUUGCUUGAUUGUUUAGGACAAAAUAGUUGGUGGGGAGCACGUCUUUUAAUAUCAUUAGUAGAAUUUCAAUCACGAAAUAUUUUACGAUUGUGUGGAUUAUUUGAAAUAAUUAUUUUGCCAUUCACAGUUCUUCUUGUAUUUACGGGCCGUGCUAGUUUAUUAACACCAUUUAUUUAUUUCCAAUUCUUAAAAUUCCGUCUUGCAUCACAAAGAAAUCCAUUUACUCGCAAUGUUUUUUAUGAAAUUAGAAAUGGUUUAAGUUCUGUCUCAAGAAAACCAACAGUGCCAAUUAUAAUACGACAAAUAAUUGAAGGUCUACUGUCACUUACACAACAAAUGGCUCCUCUUCGUCAGUAACUUUUCAUUUUAAAAAGAUGUAUUAAAUUAUCGAAACAAAUUUUCUAGGGUUUAGGGUCCAUAUAAUAAUAAUUUCAUAUAAUAAAAUGACAAAAUGAGUGCAAAUAUAAAAACUACAAACUUAUGUCUGUUACUCAAAAUGAACACAAAUGAAAACAUAAUUUUCUGAAAUUUUCAUCAAUAUUUGUACUCAUUUUUGAAUGCAGUAAAUAAUAACAUUUUUGAAAUUGUUUCAUACAAUUUAUUAAUAAAUUAGAUUUAGAAUUUAUUUACUAAACAUUAAAAUGCAUAUAAAUAUAAUAUAUAACUAAAAUUUUAAUAUUUUAUCGUACAUAAUAUUUACAAUAAGAUUUUAAUUAUGUGAUUCUAAAAAAUUUAUAGAUUCUCAGUGAAUAUAUAGUAAAAUGUGUUUGUUAUAAUGAAUUUCUUUAAAAUUUAUUCUAUAUAGAUUUUAUAGAUUCCAUAUUCAUAUUUCUUAAUUUUUUGAAUUUCAAUAUCUCUAUUUUCUUAUUAUUCAAUAUUAUGAAAUCAACUUUACAUUAUGUACAAGAAAUAUGAAAAUAUUGAUCUAUAUAUAUUGUAUCUUAUUUAUUAAGAUAUUUUUAAAAUGUUUAAUUUUCGUUUAUAUCGAUCUUAUUUUUUUCGGGGAAAAUUUAAUGCAGGUUAAUAUGUUAUAUAAACAAUAUAAUAUAAUAUAAUAUAAAUUUUCUAUUAUAUAAUACAAAUAUGGAUUAUUCCAUAAAGCUUUUAGUAAAGUAGUAUUUAGUUAAGUAUUAUCUUAGUCUUAGCUAGUCUCGAAAAACAUUUUAAGAUAAUUCUAUCGGUAAUGAAUGUCAUUUACAAAUCGUGCUAAAUACUAAAUUAAAUUUAAAUUUAAUUGUGAAAUUUUCAUAAACAUAUAAAAAUUAAUUUUUUUUUUGUUAUGUUGCAUUUAUAAAAAAGAAUGUUCUUACUGUAUUUCUUUCUUUAUGUUAUUAUUAUAUUAAAGAGAAAAUAAAAUAUUUUCAUCAAAAUAAAUCAAAUAAAUAUAAAAAAAAAAAUAAAA